AUGCCCCUGGCCAAAUUCAGAGCCGAUGCAUUUGAUGUGACGGUCAUUUCUCUUGUUGAUCUGUUUGAUGUCCUUGCUAUACGAUGCAUAUGCCAAGUUGCCUAUUUACGAGUGGGGAUACUGCAACAAAAUUUUCUGCAGCUUGGUUACUUUAAUGGGCCCUGGGUUACACACAUAUUUCUUGUUCUAGUUGCAAUUUUAUGGAGCUUAAGUGAAAUUGCUAGAUUAGGUUUUCUGAAAGGAAGUCUUUUCUCCAGCAUAACAUGGCAGAGGAAUAUGUGCAAGCUCUACAUCCUCUUCAACCUUGGGUUUUCAGAACCUUCCAUUUUCUUAAUUCUUGUGUUCCUUUUACGUGCCUCUUUGCUGAAGGGGGAGUUGGGUGCUCUAAACCAAGGAUGGAGCAAAAAGGCCAUUGGUCAUGUGUUCCUUUUCUGCCUUCCUAUUUCCAUCAUGCAAUUUAUUGUGGUUUUUGUUGGACCCAAGUUAUUCGACAAGGAGAAGGGUGAUGGGAGAGCAAAUAAGGCAAACUACUUUGUAAAGGCUGGUGUUUUGAUUGGGGAUGAGUGUCGAUCAACGAACGACUGCUCCGUGGAGGCUCUAUUUGCUGGUAUCCUCAGUUAUUUUUUCUCUUCCAGUUAG